AUGGUCCUUCGAAAGCACGAGCUGGAGGCGAAGCUGAAGGAUGAGCUCGACCUGGUUAAGAGCGGAACGAUCCGCGACGAGAACCCACUCGAUCUGAGCGCGGAAUUUGAUGACCUGCUCCAGGCCUGCCGGCGGGGCGAUCUCAAGCGGACACAGGAGUUGAUCUCAGCGGGCGUUAAUAUAAAUGGCAAGGACAACUUCGAUUACACUCCGCUCAUCAUCGCGAGUCUCUGCGGACACUACGAACUCGUUGAGCUGCUGCUCGAGUCCGGAGCUUUAGCCGAGCGGGAUACAUUUCAAGGGGAGCGGUGUAUCUACAAUGCGCUCAACGACAAGAUCCGGAAUCUCCUGCUGAGGUACGACUAUUCGAAAUCUACGGAUCCCCUGCAGCCAUGGGCAGCCCAUAUCAGCACUUUGCUCUCUAGGGAUAUACCGAGGACAUAUGAUAUAACGAUGAUGACGACUUCGGAACCCUUCGAGCUUCACAAAUUUCUCCUGUCGGCAAGAUCUCCCUAUUUCCAGAAGAAACUCGCCGAGGCGCCUGACUCAGAAAACUGGAAGCUCCCCCAGGCCAUCCCAGCGGAGUCUUUCCGGGUUGUCACGCGUUAUCUGUACCUGGGCGAUAUUCCGAGAGAUCUAGUUGAUUCUCGAAGCGGCGCCACCGAAGAUGAGGUUCUGACUGGGAUUGAUAAGGUCAGCAAGCAGUUAGAGAUCGAUCAGCUUUGGGAGGCUAUUCUCGCAGGACAGGAUCGGCGGUUGGCACGACAGAGACAUCAAGAUGAGGUGAAUCGGGCCCAGAGGCAGAUCCAGAGCUUUUUCCAAGAUAAAGUCCUCGGGCACAAGAUGGCCGUCGACACCCGGAAAGUCCACGAGGUUAAGUGGUCGCACGGAAACUCCAUAUUUGCCGACUGUCUAUUGCGGGCGGACGAAGGAGGAGACGAAGAAGGAGAUAUUGAGAAGCAAGAAGAUAACGCCAACGGAAUACCGAUUGGUCCAUUCUCCGAACCACAAAAGAAUAACACGGUCAGGAAAGCUAGGAAAUCCGUCUUGUAUCCCGUGCACAAGGCCAUGCUUAUUCGGUCCCCUUAUUUCGAGACGAUGUUUUCCAGCCAGUUUCUCGAGGCCCAAGCAUCGGCACAUCUCCACAUCAUCAAGGUCGACUGUUCACCCGAGAUUCUGGAGAUCAUUUUGACGUUUCUCUAUACCGAGAAAGUCGAAUUCCCCCUAGAGCUUGGUCUAGAUCUGCUCUACGCAUCUGACAUGCUUUUAUUGGACAAGGUCAAGACCAAAGCAGCGGCCCUGAUCAGCACCUUAGGAAGCGGCAACAAUAGCAUCUUAGUCGAUCGAACACACGUUCAGGAGGGCGAAGUCGUAGAGGUCGAGGUCGAGCCCAUCAACAUAUACGACGUCAUACACGCAGCUUGGGAUCUGCGAGUCCAGCGAUUAGAAGAAUUCGCUGCUCGCUACAUCGCCUACCGCCUCGAAGACUAUAUCGACGAGGAGGAAUUCACCGAGCUCAUCCAUAAGAGCGCCUCGAGACUCAAGACAAGAGAGGAGACAGACACGAUCGAGCUUCUCGAUGACAUCCGGUAUUACUUAUCUGAGCGUUUUAGAUUGCGGUUUGAGGAUUCGGGGUUGGGCGAUAUUAUGGACUUGAAGAAAGCCGAUUCUGAUACGGCCCCGGAGACGGACGUGAUAGACACCUCGGCAAAACAGGGUGGCGUAGUCAGGACCCUCGACGGGAACCUCGUCGAAGAUGAGUUCGCAUCUGACGCGAUAAACUACCAGCUUCUACUACAGAAGAUCGAUCAAAUUCUAGAAAAAUUAAAGCUGGAUGCCUAG